UCUCUCCAAGAGGAAACGAAUGGAAACGCGUGACGGAUGGCGACGACGUUUCACUGACAAUGAGAGGCAGCGAAGCACGCGUGUCGGGCCGUAUCAUCGCGAUGAUUCGUGGCGUGAAUACGGGCGAGUGGCUCGUUCUAAUGACCUACUCCCACAUGGCCGAGGGUCCGUGCUUGCCGGCGAGCAAAGUCGAGUUCAGUCGUCGCCUGACCGGGGUCCGGGCCUUCUCUGUGGGCCUGAUUCACUGACGGCAGAUGCAAGAGCCGUGUACCGUCCCGACAGACAGAGCUGGGCCUUCGUUCCUUUCGCGCACACGGGGCCAGGAUUUGCCGCAGCAACUAUGCGUCUGCAGAUUUUUAUUUUCGUAUUCCUCGCGAGUGUGCUAGUCGUGGGGCAAGUUUCAGCCCAUGGAAGACUGAUAGAGCCGCCAUCAAGGGCCUCGAUGUGGAGGUACGGUUUCGAUACACCACACGACUACAAUGACCACGAAUGCUAUUGCGGAGGAUUUACCAGGCAAUGGCAGCGAAAUAAGGGAAAGUGCGGAAUAUGCGGCGAUGCCUGGGACACGCCAGCGCCUCGUCUGCACGAGACCGGUGGCAAGUACGGAAACGGAGUAAUAGUGAGGAAAUACCGAACAGGUUCGGUGAUACCGGUUCGCGUGGAACUCACCGCGAACCAUCACGGCUACUUCGAGUUCCGUACGUGUGCGAUGACCUACAAGGGCAAGGAAGUCGAUCAGGAGUGCCUGGACCGGUACCUGCUGCGCCUGAACAACGGAUCGAUGAGAUAUUAUCCCGGUCCAGGGAACAAAAUCUUCGAGGGUUUCUACAAAUUGCCAGACGACCUGACCUGCGCUCAAUGCGUCUUUCAGUGGAGAUACGUGGCUGGAAAUAAUUGGGGCGACUGUGGAAACGGAACAGGAGCUGUAGGUUGUGGUCCUCAAGAAGAGUUCCGUGCUUGUGCUGAUAUUACUAUUGGGGAUGAUGUGGAACCUCUUCUACCUAUACCAUCAACAGAACCACCGACGAAAUCUCUUCCAGGAGAAAAAUCACCAACAGAACCGACAUUGGUGCCAGAGCCAAGCGGGCCGUAUUGGUUGUUCAGUGUCGUUAUCGCUGGUACGUGCCUGCUGGUUGUACUGGCGGCUAUAGCGUUGCUUUACUCGUAUUAUUAUCACUCUGGUCGAGCCAAAAAAUGGCUUAUGGCAAGGCGGUUAUUGACACCUGAAAGUCCACCUGUCGCUCCACCGAGGCAUAGAAAACACAACACGUCCAAUGCACCACUGCAGCUGUAGAAUUAUAUUUGUACUUGAACGUAGGGUGACCAAAUAUACAGAAAAGAUGUAAUUAUGUAAUUUUAUACCAAUAGUUAUGCAAAUGCUGUUUCGAGAAUUUUUUACAGCGGUUUUUAGAUGUGGUUUUUGAAGGUAUGUAUAAGAUACAUAGAAGGAAAAUUGGACCGAGAAAAAUGGUCACCCUGAUUUGUUAUUAUUUGUGAUCCAACUUCUUUUAUUUGUUUUCUCACUUGGAAUAAUUCGGACGAUUCUUAGGUCGUGCGUCUCUAUGCGAGAAAAGUAUCUUCGUGACACUGUGAUGUAUGCGUGAUGAGGAAGUUCUCGUUAUGCAUUUAGAGUACCAUGUGGUCACUUGCACACACAUUUUCAUCUUGUAUAUAUAAACUUUCUUACAUUAAACGUAUUUAUUUUCUAAGAAUUUGUAAUUCUUAGUUUUCCCUUCUCUUUUGUAGGUAUAUUGGAAAAGAUAAUUUUAUAUCUUUAUAAAUAGA